UUGUCAUUUACUUUCCUUUCCCCCCCCGCCCUGAAUUUUUUUUUAUCAGGCCUUUCUUCCUCAAAAAUCUCGACCGCGAAACCAGUUUUUUUGUUUGCCGCUCAAAAUCAAAUUCCGAAAAACCCUAAUUUUCUCUCUCCAUUUCCCCCCUUUUCCCGAGUUUUAAUAAUCUCAGAUCUGUUUGUUUCCUUUCCGUGGGAAUUUGAAUUUUUCUCAACUGAAUCCCGGAAAGAUGUGUUACUAAAUUCUAAAAUUAGUAAUGGUUUAUCAUGCAGAUUAAAAUCUACAUCAUCUGAAAAAGGGUUGUUCGUCGGAAGAUUGUGAUACAAGUUUCUCGGAAUGGUUUCUUGCUUGCAUUGAAAUUGAAAUUUAUAUUUGGAUGGUGUUGUUACUAAAUUGGGAAUUUAUUUACAUAGAUAGAUAUUGUAAUUGUUGGGCACAUCAAAGUCGGUUAAUAUGGGAGAAAGGGAAGUCUGUGUGGUGCUAGCAUUAUCCAGUAAUAAUGUAGAAAACCCGAGCAAUUUUAGAAAUGAUUUGAAGAGGGAGCUGGGUUGUGUUGUUAAUGUAGCAGAGUUAGGAGAUUUGCCUAGAAAGAAACAUGCUAAAGAAGAUGCUUCAAAUACAAAUGUCGAAGAUAUAAUAUCGGAAGUCUUGGACCCGGUUCGGCCAAUUGUUUCGACAACAGUAGAAAAUGAUAAUGAACAUGAGUUUGAGAAUGUAUCUAGCUUGGAGACUACUACUUGCAGUCAUCCAGCUGACUUAGGUGGCUGUAGUAAUAGUAAUACUCGAGUUAAUUCCAAUGAAAUGACAUCUGAGAGUUCAGGGAACUCGUGUACUGUGAGCUGUAGUGAUGACACGACUAGGAACUUUGACAGUAUAGGAGCUUCAACUUCCAAAGUUACUCUGGAAAUUCCUGAACAUGCCAGGACUACCGGGAUUCGGAAGCUUACACUUAAGUUUAGUAAGAGUAAAGAGGAAUAUGAGAGCAAAUUGAUUACGUUGACACCUCGGGUUUUGUCUAAUGGUCUCCAUGAUGGAGAUUCAGUUAUUGAUUCCAAUGACGAGCCAGGGUUGGAUGAGUCAAUCGAUAAUUAUCCAUAUAAUAUGGAGUUGAAGAUGUCGAAGAAGGUUGUCCUUGAUAGCUACCCCACAAAUGUUAAAAAACUAUUGGCUACUGGUAUAUUGGAAGGAGCAAGAGUGAAAUAUAUUUCCACCUCUGGGGAGAAGGACAUACCUGGGGAAAUCAGGGGUUCUGGAUACCUGUGUGGUUGUUCAGCAUGUAAUUUUACCAAUGUCCUUAGUGCAUAUGAAUUCGAGCAGCAUGCUGGUGGGGCGAAAACUAGACAUCCGAACAAUCACAUUUUUUUGGAGAAUGGGAGGCCAAUUUACAGCAUUAUUGAAGAGUUGAAGACUGCUCCACUUGGAAUACUCGAGGAAGUGGUGACUGAUAUGGCUGGUUCAUCUGUCAAUCCAGCUUGGAGAGUAAAUCAAGAACAGUGCAAUCAGUUGGCUCAGACAGAAAGGAGAUAUCAAAGCAAAUCUGGAAGUCUGAGCCUUGCAAGUAAAUAUAUGGAUGAUGAGCAAAGAUUAAUCAAACGAAGAGCAUUACCGUCAAAACAUGUGGGGAUUAGGUCAAAUGACUCUACCUCUUUCUUUACUGGAUCGCAGAAGAGAAGUGGUGAAGGUGGUGUCAAGAAGAGGGAUAAUGAUCUGCACCGGUUGCUCUUCAUGCCAAAUGGGCUUCCAGAUGGUGCCUAUUUGGCGUACUAUGCUAAAGGACAGAAAGUUCUUGAUGGUUACAAGCAAGGGAAUGGUAUUGUCUGUGGUCAUUGUGAACAUGAGAUUAGCCCUUCGCAGUUUGAAGCUCACGCAGGAUGGUCUGCCAGAAGACAACCUUAUCGUCACAUAUAUACUGCCAAUGGGCUUACUCUGCAUGACAUAGCCAUUUCAUUGGUUAAUGGACAGACAUUGACCACGGGAAACAAUGAUGACAUGUGUACACUUUGUGGAGAUAGAGGAGAGCUGAUUCCUUGUGGCGGCUGCCCUAGGGCUUACCACCAAACCUGUCUACGUUUGCAAAAUGCGCCUAUGGAUGAUUGGCGUUGCCCUGAUUGCAACGACUCUAAAGCUGAUGUAGAUUCUUCUCGUAGUUCUAAGCCAAUAAUUAUCAGGUUGACACGUGUGGUAAAGAGCCCUGAAACUCUUUGUGGCGGUUGUGCUCUCUGCAGGGCACAUGAUUUCAGUGUUGACUACUUUGAUGAUAGAACUGUUAUAAUAUGCGACCAAUGCGAAAAGGAGUAUCAUGUUGGUUGCUUGAGGGGUGAUGGGCGUUGUGAUCUGAAAGAACUUCCCAAGAACAAAUGGUUCUGCUGCAAUGAUUGUGACAGGAUUUAUGUUGCUCUAAGGGAUCAUGUUGUAAGAGGCUCAGCAAUAAUUCCAGCUUUAGAGUUGAUCAAAAUAAAAAGGAAACUGUUGGAGAAAGGAAUUAGUGAGAUUGCUGAUAACGAUAUACAAUGGCGUAUGCUGAGUGGGAAAUGUCGCCGUCCUGAACAUCUGCCUUUGCUUUCUAUGGCUGUUUCUAUAUUUCGAGAGUGUUUCAGUCCUAUAACUGCAACAACGGGGCGUGAUCUGAUUCCUGUAAUGGUCCAUGGAUGGUGGACAAGGGUGCACAAUGAGCAUGGUUCACCCAGUGAACAUAAGUGUUUCUGUAAACGAACAUUACUUUAUGUUAAAAGAAGAAGAAAUAUUUCUGGCCAGGAAUUUGGAGGAAUGUACUGUGUACUAUUGACGGUCAAGUCAGUUGUCGUGUCAGCUGCUCUUCUUAGAAUUUUUGGUCGUGAAGUUGCUGAACUUCCCCUUGUGGCCACAAGCAAGGAAUAUCAAGGAAAAGGUUACUUUCUUGCAUUAUUCUCUCGUAUUGAGAAGUUACUAUGUGCCCUGGAGGUGAAAAACCUAGUGCUCCCCGCUGCAGAGAAAGCCAAAUAUAUGUGGGUAAAUAGACUUGGUUUCAGAGAUGUGAGCCAGGAAAGAUUGUCUGUGUAUACCAGGGAUUAUCAGUUGACAGAAUUCAGCGGAACAGUUAUGUUAGAGAAAAAUGUGGAGCGAGAUAUGGAUUAAAUGCAGAUAUGCAGACUCUUCAUGAUUGUUGAAGUUAACUUAGAUCUUCAGCAAAUCCUCGCCUCCACGGGUGAAAAGGAAAACAAAGAAGUGGUUUUUAGAUUUAGAAAUACUUGGGUCUUCUUUUAGGUUAUAGGUUUUUAUUCAUCUUUUUCCUGUCAUUUUUUCAUGUUAUAUAUGUAGUGGUUUUCUAGGGCUGCCUUUGCAACUUAGAAGAGGUGGAAAAAAGUGAUUUAAGUGAAUACAUAUCAGUAGCGGAAUUGUUGCUCCGCUUUAUCACUUUGGUUUUAAUUUUAUAUAGUGAUCAUAAAGAGCGAAAUCAUUUCGUUGUAGAUAAGCUUGUAGACAACUAUAUCAUAAAAAGCAAAUUGUGUUUAUUGGAAGUUUUACUGCAAUGGUUUUUUUGUUUUUGACA